AUGACCGAAGAAAACGCGACGCCCGUUGAUGUAAUGUCGCUAGACAAAAACAGUGAGUUAGCUGCUCGCCUCCAAGCGGACCCAUCCGGUGAUGCGGCUAAACACCGGGCGACGUCGUCGUCGCCGGUUAGCCUGCGCUACGGCAAACCAGGAAAACGCCGACCAACUGCGAACCGAACCAAAAAUCUUAUCCUUUUUGAGAAUAUGAUACCGUUCGAAGUUAACUUUGCUCUAUUGACGGAAGAAGACUGGGAUCGUAUUUUUGAUAUUCUUUACGAUCAUGGCUGCAAGGUUUACGCGCUCCUUCAGCGUAUUGCCUUUGGCGGAACUCAUUUAAAACCAUCGGACGUUCCAACCGCCAAGUCGACGAUUGCGAAAAUUGCGAAAACCCUUGGUUUCUCAUCGAACCACAACGAUGUGUGUUUUCCAACGAUUGAAAACCUGAUAACCUCCCUUGAUAAACUAGGGUAUAAUGAACGGCAAGUGAUUGCGAAAAUCCGCGAGUACGUUGCGGCUGGCGCCGUCAGCAGCCGCUACACCAUCGAAGAAGGAUCGACCGAUUCUACAAAACUCCCUCCACGUUUAGCCGCCGAAGCAUUGCUUUAUGUCAUCAACAUGCUUUUUAGAAACCGCGCUAGUCGCCAUGUCGAGAGACAAAUGCCUCUUGCUCAAGAUGAUGUUGGAACUGAAUUGGAUGAUGAAGAUGAAUCCGAGGCCAGCGACGACGAUGGUGCGAAUGCCAACCCCGAACUAUCUCUUCCAAUUGAUAUUGACGUGCUGAAACCGCAUGUUGAAACCAAUGAAAAUGGUGAAGAAGAGUUUUUCGUGACAUCCGCCCAUUUGAACGGUUUUUUGGAAGCUGCUUGCCAACUUGGUUUCCUCGAACUCCUUGAUUUGCACGUUGAAUUCCGAAAAACUCUUGAAUUCGAAGGCAAUGAAGCGGAUACCACGCCACUUAUUGAAGCAGCCGCGGCUGGAACAGCGAACAUCGUCAAGAGUCUCAUUCAACGCGGUGUUGAUCUUAACGCGAUGUCGAAAAUGAACAACUCGUCGGCGUUGAUGUAUGCCUCGUGCGCUGGUAACACCGAAUGUGCCAGGCUUCUUCUUGAAACCGGCAAGUGUGCCUUGACAGGCAGCAACGUGCACGGACACGAUGCUCUGAUGGAGGCGGCGAGCGCCGGAAGAGCCGACAUUGUGAAAAUGUUGCUCAAAUGUGGAGCGAGCUCAAUUUUCUUGAACUUGACUGCGGACUUUAAGGAGUCGGCGCUCACAUUGGCUGCGUAUCGCGGGCAUUUGGAUGUGUUGUACCUUCUGCUCGACAAUCUUAAAGAGAAUCCGCCCAUGAACGAGGAGCUGCGAUUGGAGCGCGAGGAGGAGCUGCACACGGCUCUUAUGGAGGCCAGCAUGGGCGGACUCGUCGAUAUCGCCAAGGCGCUCAUCGCCUAUGACGCGCCGGUCAAUCUCUACACCGAGACGUUUGAAAGUCCGCUGACACUGGCGUGCUGCGGCGGUUUUCCCGAACUCGUUGAAGUUCUCCUGAAUGCUGGUGCGCACGUUGAGGAGAAGAACGAUGAGAACUAUACGCCAUUAAUGGAAGCUGCGCGCGAAGGCCAUUUGGAAGUCGUUAAAGUGCUUCUGGAGCAUGACGCCAAAGUGAAUGUGCAAGCCGAUGAUAAUGGAGAUACACCAUUGUCGGUGGCAGCUUGUGGUGGAUUCACCGAAAUCAUGGAAUUGCUGGUGAAAUAUGGGGGCGAUUUGACUGCUGGCCAAACGCCGCCUAUCGUUGAAGCUUCGCAAGAAGGGAAUAAGGAUACUGUCGACUUCAUUCUUGCCAACUGCAAGACGAUACCGAAAGACCAGCUGAAUCAAGCACUUGUCUUUGCUGCUGAUAGUGGGCAUGGUACCAUUGUGAAAACGCUUCUUAAAGCUGGUGCUGAAGUCGAUUCGGAGAUCGAUGGACGAACUGCGUUGAUGAGAGCCGCCAAGAAUGACUUCCUCGAGGUUGUUCAGGAUUUGAUUGCUGCUGGAGCACAGGUGAACUAUCGGCCUGAUGCGUAUGAAGCAACUGCGAUUUCAUUGGCUUGCGGUGAAGGAAACACGGCAGUUGUACAAUGCCUUUUGAAAAAUGGCGCCGAUCCUUAUAUAGAAUUCAAAGAAGGCUUGACAUGCUUUUUCGAAGCUUCGCGGAAUGGAAAUGCGGACCUUGUUAAUUUAUUAAUACAAUUCUCUAAAAAGCAUUGUAUAACGAAGGAAAUGGAAUUGGUUGGAAAGAACGCGACGCCAAAAGUGAAACCGCCUUCGAUGAAGGGUUACUUCAAGAAGAGUUCGCAACGGAAGACGGUUUCAACGGUGACAAAUCCUCUUGUAGGGAUUAAGCUUCUUCAUGUUGCCAAUAAGUAUUUUCUUGUGUUUCAGUCGCUGACCGAAAUGAUGGCGCUUUUCCAGUCGGGAUGCAAAAGGAAAGGGAUUGGUAAAUAUUCGUUUGGCGGAGAUUUUCCAGUAUCAAGCCAUGAAAUCGACCUGUUGCAGCACCUAUUCCGACUUCAACAACAAAUGGCUUCUUUCUAUAAUCAUCUAUCGAUUGAUGCCAACAAGGAGAAGAAAAAGGAGAUCUCCGAUGCGAUCAAAGCCCUUGCGAUUGUCUACGGAACCACUCCUGAUGGAAAAAUCAAUUUCCCGCAAGCGCCAACUAAAGCGGAAAUUGAUCGAAUGUACAUGGGUGAAGUGGUGCCCAGUAUAAAACAUUGGGCUGAGCUUGUUGCUCAUGGUUGGCUUGAAAUGGAGAGAUACUGUGGUCAUCCCAUCGAAUUCCCGUCGUUUCAUCACAAUGAGGGACACACGACGAGUGCGGUGGCGGCGAUGUCAGCAGCAUCCGCGGUUGCCACUGGAAUGGAUGGCCAAACUUAUUUGGCUUCGGUUUUCGCCAAGAUGAAUAAUGGUGAGGAGAUGCCACGUGUGCCCGCAACUGUCGGCAGCUUGAAUGCCGCGAGUGCUGCAAUGAAUGGCCUCAACUUUCAAUGUGAUGAUGCUAUGCGCUUUUUCAGUCACAUGCAAUACCUUACCACUGUUAAGGAAAAGCAACGUGGUUGUUCACAUAUGCACACUGCGCCGGCUCAUUCGGAGAUGGCAUUUAGAGCAGCGCUGCAACGAAUGGGAUCAUCUUUGCGCGAUCGACAGCGCAAGGAGGGUUGCAUGGGUGGAUGCGAUGGCAAACACAGCAAGAUGUCGCAUAGUUCGCAAUCGACGCAAACUACGCAGCCGACGCCACGAGUUUCAUCGAAAAUGUACCCGGGCAUCUCGAAGCUGGCGAUCGAGCUCGAAGCCAAAUAUCAAGCAAAUAAGACGGAUGAGAACAAGGAAUUGGCGAUAAUCACCGCCUUCAUUGCCAACAAUUUGCCAAAAGGCGAACAGAAUCGAAAAGAUAUUGAAGUUGGCGAACGAUUGUUGAAAAAGCUGAUGACCGGACAUACGAAAGACGAAGUUCGAGAAUUUAUGAAUCGUGCGAGACAUGUGGUUAACAGUGCAAACGAGCUUGCUUCAACUUUUGCAAGUUCAUUAUCGAUUUCAGACAAUCCGAUCGAUCGGAGGCUUCGUGAAGAGUAUUUGCGUAUUAUGGAAAAUUCGGGAAGCGCUCUGUACGAGGAUAUUUGUAAGGAGACGCGGCGCAAGACCGAUUCGUGCGAUCAUUUCCAUGGUCCAGUGCGCAGUUCGACAUCGAGCACAGGUUCGGGACAGACUGCGGCGAAUGGCGGCAAAGGACGACUGAAGAAGGAUAUGCGAUUCCAGCAACAGGCCGGGCCGUUGCGUAGAACUCAUUCGGAAGGAGACGGCUCCGAACGAUCCAAUAAGAAGAACCAUGUGAUUGAUAAACCGAUCGAAUCAUCCCUUGAGACACCUUUGUCAAUUGCUUGCGCCAAUGGACAUAAGGAGGUUGUUGAACUUCUUCUCAAAGAGGGAGCUAACAUCGAGCAUCGCGACAAGAAGGGUUUCACACCGUUGAUUGUUGCUGCCACCGCCGGACACUUCGCCGUUGUUGAGAUUCUUCUUAAGAAUCACGCCGCGAUCGAAGCCCAAUCCGAUCGAACCAAGGAUACCGCUCUCUCUCUUGCAUGCUCGGGAGGACGCAAGGAAGUUGUUGAGCUUUUGCUUCAGCAUAACGCGAAUAAGGAGCAUCGCAAUGUCAGCGACUACACACCGCUGUCGUUGGCAGCUUCUGGAGGCUAUCUUGAUAUUGUUACGAUGUUGUUGAAUGCUGGUGCUGAGAUCAAUUCGAGAACUGGUAGUAAACUCGGAAUAUCGCCGCUUAUGCUUUCGGCGAUGAACGGACACAAAGAAGUGACGAAGAUUCUGCUCGAGAGGGGAAGUGACAUCAAUGCACAAAUUGAGACGAAUCGAAAUACCGCGCUCACUUUGGCUUGCUUCCAAGGACGGCCUGAAGUUGUCAAGAUGCUUCUCCAGUAUCAUGCGAAUGUCGAGCAUCGAGCAAAGACUGGGUUGACACCGCUUAUGGAAGCUGCAAAUGGUGGAUAUACAGAAGUUGGCUCAUUAAUACUAAGCGCCGGCGCUGAUCCGAACGCGUCUCCGGUGCCCGCGUCACGUGACACGGCAUUAACUAUAGCAGCCGACAAGGGUCAUGAUAAAUUCGUUGAAUUACUACUAUAUCAUAUGGCACAGAUUGAUGCGAAAAAUAAGAAGGGAUGUACUGCUAUAUGGUUAGCUUGUAAUAAUGGGCAUCUGUCAACAGUCGAAGUUUUAUUGAAUUAUCACGCUGAUCCGGAUGCUAUGGAUAAUCGAAAAAUCACACCAAUGAUGGCUGCGUUCAAAAAGGGACAUGUUGAUGUUGUGAAGCUGAUGGUGAAACACGCCAAACAGUUUCCUUCCGAUCAGGAUCGCGACCGAAUUGUCGAGGCGGCUGAUUCGCCUGAAUUGAAGAAAAAGUGUCAAGAGUGUGCGGUGAUCAUUGAUUCGGCGAAGACGACUCAAGCAAAGUCUGCUGAAAAGGCUGCUGCCGAUUUGUUGGCUGAACUUGAGGAAGAGGAAGAGCUGGCGAGAUCGAAAAAGCAGAAGCAGCAGGAGAAGAAGAAGAAGAAGAAGGAAAAAAAGAAUAAGAAGGGCGGAGAUGGCGUCGAUGACAAAAAGGACGCUGAGCAGGAAGAUCCCGAGCCAGAACCUGAACCGGAGCCGGAGCCUGAGCAGGAGCCUGAGCCCGAGCCCGAGCCAGAACCUCAACCGGAGCUUCAACCUACAUUCGUUGAACCCGAGAAACCGAAAAUGAGCAAAAAACAGAUUAAAGCUCUUGCUCGUGCUGAAGCGAAAGCUUUGAAGGAGGCGAAAGCUGCUGAAGAUGCUCGAAGAGCCCGCGAAGCGAUGGAAGCCGCGAGAAGAGCUGCUGCUGAAGAAGCUGCUACGAAAGAGAAUGCCCGUCAUGUCUCAUUGUCGCCAAUCCCGUCACCACGCAACUCUGAUGAUGAAUGGGUGAAAGCUGUCGGAAAGAAGCAAAAGUCUGUUAAGAAAACUGCCUCGGCAACUGCGGUCAACUCGCAAAAUCAAUCUUCGGCCACAUCGUCUGUUGCUUCUGAGUUCACGGUUCUACACGAGAUCGAGGGCCCAGGCAACAGGAGAAACGGCCGGAAAUUGGCGGUUAGCACUUCGGUGAUCGCAAGAGUCAUCGGAAGAGGUGGAGCCAACAUUAAUGCAGUUCGUGAAGCGACUGGAGCCGGAAUAGAGGUGGAAAAGCAAGGGAUCCGAAAAGAAACUGCUGAUCGCACAAUAACAGUUCGUGGUACACCGGAAGCUGUUAAAAGUGCUGUGCAGAUGAUUCAGUUGAUGAUUGCUGAUACAGACGCGCAAAUCAACGAUGUUAUCAGAAAUGUUCUUCGUGGAAAUGCUUCUGUCGCAUCUUCGAUCUCAUCGGAUGGGGCGAACUCGCGAAACGGCGCUGAUCAUCACAACGCCUCACAAUCGCAAUUCAAUUUAAGUAAGCUGAUCCCUCCACCGGCACCGGCUCCAAUCGAGAAAACAUCUUCGACUGGAAAUGUCUGGCAGCAACGAAUGGCAGCGAGACAACAGGAGAUGGCGAAAGCAACUCCGUCUGAAGAAGCCCUUCGCUCUCAUGAAGAUUCGUCAAUUGUUUCGGCGCAACCGCACAUGUCUCUCGACAAGAAGAAGCUGAAGUCGACGGUGCUGCCCGCUGCGCUUUCGACUACCACGGAGCCUCUCGUCAAGCCAACGAUGCAGCAAUUGCAGCAAACUCAGAAGCCAGUGAAACGAGAGCCUCCGGUUGCUGCCUACAUUCAGCCGAUUCAGAAGCCGCAGGAAUCGCUUCCAACGCCGAUCGGCCGUCCAAGCAAAAAUGUGGCACCGACUCCGCCAUUCAUGAAGCCAGUCGCAGCCGCCGCUCCUCGUUCUGAGAUGUCGGAGAAGGCCGCGUUCGGACAAUACGUUCCUUCGAAACCAACACCGCCAAUCAAUCCAUUGUUUGCGCCGAUUCAACAGCCGGUCAGCUCAAUUUUCUCGAACGACACUUCUGACGGAAGUGCUGAAGAGAUGGCGAAGCUGAAGUUGUUCGAUGAUGCGAAACUCGCCGAGAUAUGGGGAAAACCCGAGGAAACGUCGACAAACGGAGAAACUGGCUGGGGAUCGCAGUUGUUCACAUCGCUCUCCUCGAAUCCAUUGGGCGAUCUUGAAUGGUCAUCGAGUUUGUUCUCGUCGACGCGUCCAUCGAGCACUACGACGGCGGUGGCGCCAACAACAGCAACCACACUAACGGCAGGAUUGUCGGAUCCAUGGGCCAGUUCGACAAGAGAACGCGAGGCGAACAAAUCAGUUCCACUAUUUGCACGAACCCAUUCACAAGCUUCAUCGUCUAGUCAGCCAACACAAAUGUCGUCGCAAUCGCAGCAUCAUCAUCAACAGCAGCAGCAGCAGCAGCAGCAAACUCUCCAGUUGAAUGCUAUUCAACAAAUGCAGCAGCAGCGUUUGGCCAUAAUGCAGCAGCGCCAGCAAACCAUCCAGCAACAACAGUCGAUUCUCAGUCAGCUUCAAUCAAGUCUCACAGAGCAGGUUUCUAGCACGAACAAUUUUUACAAUCAGCUUGCUGCUCAAUUGCUGACGCAUCAAGAGUCGUCGUCGGGAGUUCCCAAUCAACAGAAUUCAUCAUCAUCGAGCGCCAACCCGAUAUCUUCUAACUAUUAUCCAUCGCCGUCGUACACCGACACGUCGUUGUUCAGCAAUCUCAACUCAGGCUUGAAUCCGAGCACCAGCCAGCAACAACAGCAGCAGCAGCAGAGAUUGAAAAGCCUAGCUGGACUCGCGGCGAGCGAAGGAAUCACCAGUCCUGAAGAUAUUCGGGCAUUGUCGGCGCUUCUCUCGAAUCCGUUGAACACGACCUCGCCGAACCUUCAGAACUCGUCGUUGUAUUCCCAACAGCCACAAGCCCGUCCAAUGUCGUCGAGGACCACCACUUCGGCACCAACGCAAUCGUUUGGGGUAAAUCACGCCCAACCGCCGCCAGGUUUCUCAACCAUUGGCUCGAACAGUGUCUCUCAAAGCCCAGCGCAACGGCAGUUUUAUCCGUAUUCUCAGUCAAGCUCGCAGAGCCAAUCUCAGCAGCAACAAAGCAUGUUCAGUCAGUAUUCUGGACAAAAUUGGGGUGCUCAAUUAAGCGCACAACAGCAGCAUCAGCAGCAGAAUCCAUCGUCAAACAAACCGAGCAGUUUGUGGGGCAACUCGACAUGGAAUUAA